CCUGCGCUGUCACUCAGCAUCGGCGAGCCGCUGCGGUCUGCGCGCUGACUGUGAGGGGCGGCCGGUUUCGGGGGCUUUGGCUGCCCUCGGACCCCAGUCGGAGGAGUGCGUGUGCGGGGUUGUGAGGAGAAGCCGGUGCCGCCAGUGGCUGAUGGCCGCGGUUGUGCCGCGCCUUCGGGGCUGACGCACACCGAAUGGAGCCGGCGCGCCGCUGAGCCGAGCCGGGGAGCUGGGGAGCCGGGAGUCGGGAUGGGUACCUCCGCUUCAUCCAUCGCCGCGGACACGGAGGCACGGGCCGGCCUCUCGGCCUCGGCUCCCCCGCUGUGGGGGCCCGCAGCCCUGAGCGCCCGUAGCCGCCAGCUGCAGCUGCCGAGGAGCCGCAGUAGAUAUGCAGAGUCAGGGACACUGCAAUUCACUUCCAUAGAGCGACCCGUUGUCUCUGUAGGCAGGACGGCUGCCUUUCACACAACAAGGCUAUUCAGAAAUCUGAUGGCAGAUGGGAAGAAGCUGUUCCUGAAUGGCAGAGUGGUGCUUUCAGGCUCCUGUACCUCCUCCCUGAUGACAGCAAUGAGAAGAGGGCAUGUUCUGAUACAUACUGGGAGUCCCUCUCAGGAGCCCGGUGCCAUGGCAACAACGAGUGAGUGGCCGUGUACCCGCUGUACUUUCCUAAACCCCAGCGUGCUGCGGCAGUGUUCCAUCUGUGAGGCACCGCGGGAGAGGCCGGACUUCAGCGAUAUUCUCCGUCUCAGCACCGAGGAGCCACAGUGGGCCUGCUCCCGCUGCACCUUCAGGAAUUCUGUCAACAAGAGCCAGUGCGACGUCUGCGGUUCCUUGCAGGCCCAUACCCCCCUCUCGCCUCCCGCGGCUGCGCCUAACGGGCACCCCAAGGGCCUGCCGGCGGCGGUGGAACACUGCGGCCUCCCCUGCCCACAGGAUGCCGCCGGGAGACUGGUCAACGGCGACGUCCGCGGUGGCUGCAGCGAGGGGGCCACGCCAGACGCCUCCAAAGCCUGGGCCUGCCAGCGCUGUACUCUUCACAACACACCCUCGGCGAACUCGUGCUCGGCCUGCGGAGGGCCCCGCAAGCUCUCUCUGCCCAAGAUCCCGCCUGAAGCCCUGGUGGUGCCUGAGGUGGUGACCCCGGCGGGCUUCCAGCUGCCGUCAGGCCCGGCGGCGACGGCGACGGCAGCGCAGCUCAGCGACCUGGUGGAGUCCGACGUGUCCCCCAUUCGCAGCACGGCUGCCGACGCCGAGAGCCCGCGGUCACCGGUCGUCAGCCCGCUCUCUCCGCUGAUCCAGAAUAAUCCGGUGCCACGAAGCCGCAGGGAGGUGCCGCCCGCUGCCAAAUUCCAGCCUCCCGCUCCGGAGGCCCCUGCCAUAGCCAGCAGCUCACCUACCUCCAGCCCCCCUGUCCCAGUGGCCAGGGGAGCACCCCAGGGACAAGUGAAACCUGCUGCAAAGCUCCAGGAACUUUUUUGCCCCAAGCGGCUGAGUGUUUUGGACGAGGAGAUGGAGGCUUUGCCCAGUCAGUGGAAGUGUGCGUCGUGCUCCCAGGCUAAUUCCGCAGCCGUGUCGAAAUGUGAAGCCUGCAGGACCAGCAAAGGUGGAGACGUCAUAGACCUAACGGGGGAUUCAGUGCGGUUCACUCCCUUCACUCCCUCCAGUCCAGACUUCACCACCUGGACUUGCUCAAAGUGCACCCUGAAAAACCCCACUGCUGUCCAGAAAUGCACUGCCUGCUGUACCUCGAAGCUGCAUGGUUUCCAAGAGCAUGGCCAUGCGGAACGAGGGCCGCGGUGCCCGGACUGUAAUGCGGAGAGGGGCUCCAGUGGCACAGCCUGCGCCUCGUGUGGGGGCAGGGCCCCGGCCGUGCGGAAGCCCAUCAAACUCUUCCCAGUGCUGCCGCCCUCCUCCCGGGAGAAGUCCAACGAGUGGUCCUGCCCCGCCUGUACUCUCCUCAAUGACCUGAAGGCAAAACACUGUGCAGCCUGCCACACUCCGCAGCAGUACCUAACCCUGAGGAAGGGCUCAAAGCCACUGAAGAGAAGGGAAAGCAUCCUGGUGGAAGCGAGGAGGAAGACGGACGAAGGCGAGGCCAAAGAGUUGUGGGAGAACAUCGUGAAGUUCUGCCAGGAGAACAAUGUGAAUUUUGUGGAUGACAGCUUCCCUCCAGGCCCACAAUCUGUCGGCUUCCCUGAAGGGGACAGUGUCCAGCAGCGGGUGAAGCAGUGGCUGCGGCCCCAUGAAAUCAGCUGCAACACUUUCAAAGAUCGGAACGUCAAAUGGUCCAUCUUCAGGACUCCGCGUCCCUCUGAUAUCUCCCAGGGACUGCUGGGAAAUUGCUGGUUUCUGAGCGCCCUCGCAGUACUUGCUGAACGACCGGAACUGGUGGAGAGGGUGAUGAUCACUCGGACCAUCUGCCUGGAGGGUGCCUACCAGGUGCGGCUCUGCAAGGAUGGGACCUGGAUCACCGUGCUGGUGGAUGACAUGUUACCCUGCGACGAAUACGGAUACCUUCUCUUCUCUCAGGCCCAGAGGAAGCAGCUUUGGGUGGCUCUGAUCGAGAAGGCCCUGGCCAAGUUGCACGGCUCCUACUUCGCUCUGCAGGCUGGGAGAGCCAUCGAAGGACUUGCCACCCUCACCGGUGCCCCCUGUGAAAGUCUGAUGCUGCAAAUCAGUUCAACGAACCCACGUGAGGAGCCCAUCGACACGGACCUCAUCUGGGUCAAAAUGCUGAGCUCGAAGGAAGCUGGGUUUUUGAUGGGUGCGUCUUGUGGAGGUGGGAACAUGAAAGUCGAUGACACAACAUACGAGACGAUGGGUCUGAGGCCCCGGCACGCUUACUCCAUUCUAGAUGUCCGAGAUGUACAGGGAUACAGGUUGCUGAGGCUGCGGAAUCCUUGGGGCCGUUUCUCGUGGAGUGGGAACUGGUCAGAUGACUGGCCGCACUGGCCGCAGCACCUGCGACACGAGCUGAUGGCGCACGGGAGCAGCGAGGGCGUCUUCUGGAUUGAGUACUCAGAUUUCAUCAAGUACUUUGAUUCUGUGGACAUUUGUAAAAUUAACUCUGACUGGCACGAGGUGCGACUCUCGGGCUCGUUCCCGAACCGGACGAAUGGGCCGAUAACUGUGACCGCACUGACCGUACUGGAGCGCACUUGCCUCGAGUUCCAGCUGUUUCAGGAGGGGAGCAGGCGAUCGGACACAUCUGACAGCCACCUGCUGGACCUGUGUAUCAUGGUUUUCCGAGCGUCGUUCUCCACCGGCAACCGGCUGAGCCUGGGCAGGCUGAUGGCACACAGCAAGCGGGCGGUGAAGAAGUUUGUGGGCUGCGACGUGAUGCUGGAGCCUGGCGAGUAUGCCGUCGUCUGCUGUGCCUUCAACCACUGGCAGAUGUCAAUGCCUUCGCCGUCGCUGUCCCCCGCCGCAGCAGUUUCAAGUCCCACCAGCAGUGGGCGAAGUUUGCCCGAGUUUCCUGGACACAUCCUGGCCGUCUACAGCUACAAACCGGUGAUGGUAGAACAGGUGAAUUCCCAGCCAACGACCCUGGCCGACGCAGUGAUCCUGCUGACGGAACACAAGGGAGAGAGGCACGAGGGCCGCGAGGGCAUGACCUGUUACUACCUGACCCACGGCUGGGCUGGGCUCAUUGUGGUGGUGGAGAAUCGACACGAUAAAUACUACCUCCACGUGUCAUGUGACUGCUCAGACAGCUUCAACGUGGUGUCGACACGCAGCAGCCUGAAGACGACAGACAGUGUUCCACCCUUACACAGGCAGGUGUUGGUGGUACUCUCCCAGCUGGAAGGCAACGCUGGCUUCUCCAUCACCCACCGGCUGGCUCACCGCAAAGCAGUGCAGCAUUCAUUGGGCGAAUGGUCCUCGACUAGGGGCACACACAGCCCCCCGCUCACGCCCGACGUCUCUGGCCUGCACUGCCCCCGGCCCUUGUGACGACAGCUGCUCCCCACCGUUGUCCCCGACCCCUACCCUCUUCUGUUGAGGUUGGGGUGGGUGGGGGAGACAGAUAUCACAUCUGCUCCAAUUUCUAAUCCAGGAAGGGGAAUCCACUUCACCAACAGCCGGUCUCCACCCUGAAGACCCCCAUCCCAGGGGGUAGGGUCUCUAAACCUUAUCUGGGGCCCUAUCAUCACCCCCCCGACUCAAAACUCAAAUCUCCCUCCCCCUGGGUUCAUCCUCCCCCCCCCCACCCAGGAUCAUUCCCAUUCUCCGGGAUCCUGGGAUUUCCUCUCCUAGAUCUCUCUCUGCCCUUCAAUCACAUACUUCCCUAGAUCACACCCUCCCUCAGUAUCGCCCCCUCCCUGGGUCCCUCUCCCACCCACCCACCCACCACCCCACUCCCAGGAUCCCUGGAUCCCAUCCUCUUGACUCCCACCCCAUCACCUUGAUCGCUAUCUCCAUUGCCGUUGCUGUGGUGACGGGUUGAAUCUCUCCCGGCCUAGCUGCACCAAGAGCCUCAGGAAUCCCUGCUCGCCAGCUUCCCUCCCAGACAUGAGAACCCAGCCCCUUCCCACACACCCCCACCUCCCCAAGCAUACCUUUGUAGAUUUGCUUUCAGAUUUUGACCACCCGGCCUCGCCUCAUCACCCCACCAAGGUGCCUCUGAACACACACAGCCAGAGUGGUGAUCAUCCUUAAUCAUAAACCCUGACACUCUCUUCUACGUAAGAAUUGAUAGUUUUUGUGAACAUUUUCAUAAAAUUCCAUGUUUCUGACACGUCUGCCCCUGUGACAGCUACUCAUUCCCGUACCUCACAAAGGCCCCUGUCCUCUCCUCAAACUCUGCACUACAAUCACAGUCCCCAGCCAGCCACACUCUGCUUGCUGUGAGUUUCUACAUGGUUAACGGGGUUGGCUCUGUGAGUUUCUACAUGGUUAAUGUGGUUAGUCUGUGAGUUUCUACGUGUAACGUGGUCACUCUGUGAGUUCCUACGUGGUUAACAUGGUCACUCUUUGAGUUUCUAGAUGGUUAAUGUGGUCACUCUGUGAGUUUCUAUGUGUAAUGUGGUCACUCUGUGAGUUUCUACAUGUAACGUGGUCACUCUGUGAGUUCCUACAUGGUUAACAUGGUCACUCUGUGAGUUUCUACAUGGUUAAUGUGGUCGUUCUGUGAGUUCCUACGUGGUUAACGUGGUCACACUGAGUUUCUACAUGGUUAACGUGGUCACUCUGUGAGUUUCUACGUGGUUAACGUGGUCACUCUGAUUUUCUACAUGGUUAACAUGGUCGGCAUCUAUGUGAAACUCACUGCUACAGCCAUGAUGUUAAUUUGGGGCGGUUUCCAAAGGGGUGUGGGUGUGUCCUGAUGCUCCAGUAUCAGUGAGAGGCUCAGGUACAGAUCCUGCCUCCCCUGGUUUAGAACAGGUUGUAUCCAGAUGAAGGAGUUUGAUGGAAACCAUGUUUGGUGGAAAAUGUUUUGGCACAGUAGAACAGUACAGAACCUUUGGCCCCCACAGCUUUGUGUCAAUCUUUCAACCUACUUUAUGAUCAAUGUAACCCUUUCCCUCACAUAACCCUUCAUUUAUCUAGCGCCUAAAUAUCUCUUAAAUGUCCCAGAUGUAUCGGCCUCUACCACCACCCCUGGCAGGGCGAUCCACACACCCACCACUCUCUGUGUAAAAAACCUACCUCGAACAUCCCUCCUCCAAUCUCCUUAAAAUGAUGCCUCCUUGUAUUAGCCCUUCCCACUCUGGGAAAAAGUCUCUGGCUGUCUACUCCAUCUAUGCAUCUUGUAAGCCUCUAUCAAGUCUCCUCUCAUCUUCCUUCACUCCAAAGAGAAAAACAGCUCACUCAGCCUAUCCUCAUAAGACAUGCUCUCUAAUCCAGGCAGCAUCCUGGUAAAUCUCCUCUGCACCUUCUCUAAAGCUUCCACAUCCUUCCUAUAGUGAGACGAAUAAUGUUCAUUGGACUAAAGCAUAAAGAAAAAACACAACUUAAAUGCGGCUGCAUCCAGUGAGUUAAGACAGACUCAGGUACAAGGCUAGUCAGGGACAUUACCGGGUUCAGGAGGCUGCUGUUAGCCAAGGUGCACACUUCGUAACUCACACUGCUCUGUAGUCAGUCCUCGAGUCGGUGCUGGUUAUUGGUGCAACCGGAUGUUACUGUGGUAAAUCUCCGAGUCCUGAACAGUGUCACCUAUACCCACAGCUGGCAUGGUCUCCGCCCAAUCUGAUAACGCACUGUGAGCACACAUUUAGUCUGAAUCUGCCUUUAAUGUGUUUGCUGCUGCCUCAGACGAGCUGUUACCUCACUGCUUUGCUCAGCCAUGUCUGGUUCUGUCUGUGUGGCGUUCACAGGCUCUCCCUGAAACCGUGUGGGUUACCUUGGAGGGCUCUGCUUUCCUCGGUCACUCAGUAAGACCAUCAUCACCACUGGGGCAAAGGCCGGCAACUGCAGCUCGCCACAGUCCUCUGACCUGGGCAAUCUUCCAAGUUGUCCCUGGGUUUAGCCCAUCUGCUUGGUUUCCCCCGGGGGGAGGGCUGGUUUCCUCUCAAAGAUGUGUGGGGGCACUGACUUAAUAAGGUGCCCCUCCUGUGUGGAUGAGGGGUAGAAUUUGGGGGGAAGAUUAAAGUUUAGCUUUAUUUGUCACAUGUACAGGGAAAUAUGUCGUUUGCGUCAACGACCAACCCAGUCUGAAGCCGUGCUGGGGGCAGCUCACAAGUGUCACCACACUUCCAGCAGCAACAUAGCACGCCCAUAGCUGACUAACCCUGACCCGUACGAAUGGACUGUGGGAGGAAACUGGAGCACCCACACAGUGAUGGGAGAACGCACAAACUGCGUCCAGGCUGCGGCCGGAAUUGAACGCCAGUCGUCGUUCGCUGGCACUGUGAAGCGAUACACCGGCCAGAGAAUAGUUACAGAGAUUGCUCUGUGAGUCAGCACAGACUGGGUGGUUUUCCUACGGGAAUGUGUUAAAUUGUGGCGAGCAUAGUUCUUUAAAUGAAUCUUUAUCGAAAGGUUGGGGCAGUAUCUUUCUGUCUCUGCCCAUUGUAACAAAAGGCUGGGGUGAGAUGUGAUCUGGUAACAACAGGGUGAUUUUGCUUUGCGGUAGAAAGGGAUUCCCCAAGGACGCAGGUAAAGUUGGCAGCCAGCUGAUCCCUCACUACUGUGGCUGGGUUUGUAAAUCUGAUCUAGUAAUUUGUUGUGGAUUGUUCACAGGAACUUUACUAAUUGUUUUAAUAAGAGCUUGAGGAUUUAUAAUCUCUUCUAAAACCUGGGAGAUUGUUUCUGUGGUAACUGAGCCCAAAAUGCACAGAAUGAUUCCAUCACUGGACCCCCUCCCCCCAACGCACAGCAUGCCUACGACAUACAGCAGGACAGAGGGUUACGUCCCAGCAAACCAAGACGUCCUAAAUCUCCGACAGAACUGCCCGUCCCCACCCUGUCACUGCUGCCACCGGUCAUCCCUCCUCAUGUUGUUCGUCCGCUGGCCGAGCUUCCCCAUCCCCACCCACUGUCCGUCCUGUCAGUGCGGCCUCAGGUGAGCUGAAUCUGAACCAGCCUGUGAGCACUUACAGAGCCAACUCUCCACCCUGUGACUGGAAAGCGACAACACCAAGAGUUUUAUCAAUUUUAGAGUCUAUAUAUAUAUAUAUAAAUAUAUAUAAAUAUAUAUAUAUGUAUCAUGUAGUUUCAAAAAUCUCAGGUUCCA